CAAAAAAAAAAAAAAAAAGAACGGAAUUGAUCCAUGAUCCAUAAUUGUUUUCACUAUCAAUUUUGUUUGGGUUCUUUAUAUGAAGGCCAAUUGCUUCAGCUUCUACAGUUGAAACUGAGAUUCCUUUGUAGUUUGGUUUACUAAUUAAACAAAAAAAGGGAAAUGGCCGCCGACGCCGCUGCCACUGCAUCGUCUUUGGUGACGGAGGAGGAGCUGACCUUGACAGUAAAAUGGAGCGGGAAAGAGUACACGGUUCGAGUUUGUGGAGAUGACUCAGUAGCCGAGUUGAAACGAAGGAUCUGUGAAGUGACGAACGUUUUACCCCAAAGGCAAAAGCUUCUUUACCCUAAGAUCGGAAAUAAGCUCUCCGAUGACUCCCUUUUGCUCUCUCAGAUCCCCCUUAAGUCUUCUCUUAAGAUGACCAUGAUUGGAACUGUUGAAGGUGAUAUAAUCGUCGAUCCGGUCGAGGCACCGGAGAUUAUCGAUGAUUUUGAACUCGGGCAAGAUGAAGCUGUUGAUAUUAAAGAUAAAGAGGUUAACAAGCAGAAAUUGAAGAGACGUAUAGAUCAAUACAAGAUCGAACUAAAAGCUCCGUGCCGUAAAGGAAAGAAACUGCUUGUUUUGGAUAUAGACUACACUUUAUUCGAUCAUCGAUCGUCUGCUGAGAAUCCACUUCAACUUAUGCGGCCUUAUCUUCAUGAGUUUCUAACAGCUGCUUAUGCAGAGUACGAUAUUAUGAUUUGGUCUGCGACCAGCAUGAAAUGGGUUGAAUUGAAGAUGGGACAACUCGGGGUACUAAAUAACCCGAACUACAAAAUUACGGCCCUUCUAGACCAUUUAGCCAUGAUCACUGUUCAAUCGGAUUCUCGUGGACUCUUUGAUUGCAAACCACUUGGUUUAAUUUGGGCAAAGUUUCCUGAGUUUUACAGUUCGAAAAACACUAUAAUGUUUGACGAUCUCCGAAGAAAUUUCGUGAUGAACCCGCAGAACGGUUUGACAAUUAAGCCAUUCCGAAAAGCUCAUGCCAACCGAGACACCGAUCAAGAGCUUGUAAAACUCACUCGAUACUUGUUAGCCAUUGCAGAACUCGAUGACUUGAGUGCUCUUGAUCAUAGUAAUUGGCAGUUAUUCACCGACGACAAUGUCAAAAGACGCAGGCAUGCGUGACCGACAUUGCCAAGCACAGAAGUUUAAUGUGUUAAUAAUAAUGUUCACUUUUUAAGGGGUCACGAGCAUCUGAGCAGUGACACCAGUAAAUGCUAGCCGUUGGUACUCCUCGACGAAGGCGUAACGGCAACUUGAGCUCAUGGAUUUCAAUUUAUUAGGCAUUAAUCCCUCUUUUCCAUACAUAUAUAUAUGUAUAUAUGUAUGUAUAACGUCUUUUCUUUGUUAAGAAACCCUAAACUGGAUCAAUCGUUAUUACUCAAUUUAACCUAUGGCAGUUUGAGUAA